AUGUCUUUGCCUUUGCCCUCAUCUUUUGACACCAACUUCGAAGUUGCCAAGGUGCCCAUCCCGUGCAAUGUGGCACCUUUCUUUGAACUUCAUGGUGCUUGGCCCCAUAUCCAGCCCGUCAUUGACACUUGGCACAAUGCUUGCAAUUGCCUCGACACCACCUUUGUUGUCAUGAUCUUCCACCCUGAUGCCAAUUUGGUCCUCAACUGUUUGAUCCCACUACUCGACCUACUGGAGCCCGCAGACUGGAAAUCUUAUCAAUUUUUUGUUCCUGACAUAGCAGACAACAUCAACUUUGACAAGCUCAAAUACUAUCCCUGGGACUGCGACACGCUCGAGGUACUGAGUCCUCCUGCCUGUUCUAAGCCCAAGAAGGUCAAAGCCCAAGGUAAAGCAAAGGCUGUGACCCUGCCACCCAAGCCUACCCCUGCUGUUCAUAAAGCCUGCUAUCAUCAGGACAAGUCAGAAGAGGAAGCAGCCCAAGUCAUCCUCGGUCGUGCCCAAAGCCCAGGCCUGGUAAGUCUGCCCCAGCAGCAAAAGCUGGGUCUUCCAAAGCACUGGUUUGUGGCUCUCAUCAAAAAUGUUCUCCCUAAGGCCCUGGCAUGCAACAACAGACUUCAAGUCCCAAGCCUCCACCCAUUCAAUGCAGAGACUCUUCUUAUGGCAGUUGACCUGCCCUCAGACUUUGUUGCAGUUGCCUGUGCCUGCGGCAACUGCUGGAGUUGCCAAAUCCCUUCCAAGUGUGACUACCAGGGUAAUAGCAUCAACUGCACCCCAUGCACCAACCACAAGCUCUCCAUGUGUUCUUGGAGGGCUAGUGCAGAAGACCAUGCUACAGAGGCUGAGGCCUAUGGGCCCGUUCACCAUUUGUCAAUCUCCAAUCUUUGUCAUAAGGUUCAGGAGUGUGAGGCCUGGCUGUGCCAGUCAUACCUUCUCAUCAACAAGGGUGAAUGGCUUCUGCAGUGGGUCAAGAAAUAUGGUCAAGACAUCAUCGACAUCGUCAAGACCAUUCUUGAUCAAGAGCCCUCUGGUGCAUUUGGCACCAUCUACCUCGACCACCCUGAGCUCAAAGACACGCUCUGUACCCAUGUUAGCAAGCUCGUGGACUUGAACCCCAACCCCUCACACAAUGACCAACUCGACCUGCAGACCCUCACUUCCCUGUUACCCUCCAGUGUCUACAGGAUAUGCUCUUACUAUGCUUCAAUAUUGCUUGAUGACUUUGUUUCAAAACUAGUGCAUGCUUUUGUUCUAUUGACUUUCUUUACCACUUGA